AUGGGGGAAACAGCAAGAUCAAAUGGCACGUUUUUCACCGUUUUUGGCCAUGAAAGGGCAUAUGAUUGUUCUCGAAGCAGUUGCCAGAAAUUUAUUCCAAGAUGUUUCAGCGAUUUAUCAAGAAUAUGCAGCCGUAAAGAUGUAGAAGAAAUAGUAGCAGUAGUAGUAGCAACAGAAGUAGCAGCAGCAUUAGCAUUAACAGUAGAAGUAGCAGUAGAAGUAGUAGUAGCAGCAGCAGCAACAGCAGUAGAAGUAGAAGUAGCAGUUACAGUAGUAGUAGCAUUAAGCAGUAGAAGUAGCAGUAACAGUAGAAGUAACAGUAGAAGUAGCAGUAACAGUAGAAGUAGCAGUAGCGGUAACAGUAGAAGUAGCAGUAGCAAUAGAAGUAGCAGUGGCAGUAGCAGUAACAGUAGCAGUAGAAGUAGCAACUGCAGCAGCUGUUGUAACAGUAGCAGUAGAAGUAGCAGUAGCAGUAGCAUUAACAGUAGCAGUAACAGUAGAAGUAGCAGUAACAGUAGAAGUAACAGUAGAAGUAGCAGUAACAGUAGCAGUAGAAGUAGCAACUGCAGCAGCUGUUGUAACAGUAGAAGUAGCAGUAGCAGUAUCAUUAACAGUAGCAGUAACAGUAGAAGUAGCAGUAACAGUAGAAGUAGCAGUAACAGUAGCAGUAGAAGUAGCAACUGCAGCAGCUGUUGUAACAAUAGCAGUAGAAGUAGCAGUAGCAGUAACAGUAGCAGUAGCAGUUGUAACAGUGGCAGCAGUAUAAGUAGCAACAGUAGUAGCAGCAACAGUAGCAUUAACAGUAGAAGCAACAGUUUUAGUAGCAGCAACAGUAGUAGUAGUAGCAGUAGUAGUAGUAGUAGUAGUAGCAAUAACAGCAUUAUUAUAAGUAGCAGCACCGCACUUAGCAGCAGCAAUAGCAAAAGAAGAAACAGUAGCAGAAGCAGUAUUUUUAUUGUCAUUAUCAUCGAAAUUUGUUCGUCAUCAUUAUAUUCAUCAUCAUAA